GGAUAAUGAACAUGCAUUCAAAAAAAAAAAUUACGGAUAAUGAACAGAUGGAUCAUAUAAAUAUAGAAUCACACGACACGAACAUCUCUGGAAUUUUCUGAAAUAUUACUAUUUAUUAGUAUUAUGUGAAUUAAAUAAAUUUAUGUGAAUAUUCAGACGUCAGAGUUGUGUUGUCUUUGUCCUUUUGAGAUUUUUUGAGAGUAAAAGAAGAGGAGGUGAUAAUGGCAAUAAACGGGGGUGCUAAUAAGAAGGUUUGUGUAACUGGGGCUGGAGGGUUUGUAGCAUCAUGGCUUGUUAAGCUUCUUCUUUCCAAAGGUUACUCUGUCCAUGGAACUGUCAGACAACCUGGUAGUAAGAAAUAUGAACACUUGCUUAAACUUGAGAGAGCUUCUGAGAACCUUACACUUUUCGAAGCAGAUAUCUUGAAUUAUGAAUCUGUUUACAAAGCAAUUGUCGGAUGCACUGCUGUUUUCCAUGUUGCAAGCCCUGUACCUUCAACAGUUGUACCAAAUCCUGAGGUGGAAGUGAUUGAGCCAGCAGUGAAGGGAACUGCUAAUGUACUUGAAGCUUCUCUCAAAGCUAAAGUGGAGCGUGUCGUCUUUGUAUCAUCUGGAGCUGCUGUUGCUAUCAAUCCUAAUUUCUCGGAAGAUAAAGUGAUUGACGAGUCUUGUUGGUCUGACAAAGACUACUGCAAAAAAACUAAGAACUGGUAUUGUUAUGCCAAGACAGAAGCAGAAGAGCAGGCACUGAAUUUCGCGAAAAGAACUGGGCAUGAUGUUGUAAGCAUUUGUCCUACCCUUGUUUUGGGGCCAAUUUUACAGUCAACCACUAACUCAAGUAGCUUAGUUCUCAUCAAACUUUUAAAAGGUUGUGAUACAUUGGAGAAUAAGCACCGUUGGAUAGUUGACGUACGAGACUUGGUCGAUGCAAUACUAUUGGCAUAUGAGAAUCAUGAGGCAGAAGGGAGAUACAUAUGCACUUCACACGCUGUCACGGAACGAGAUUUGGUGGAGAAAUUGAAGAGUAAAUAUCCAAACUACAAGUACCCUACAAACUAUACUGAGGUGAAUGAUUACAGAAUGCUGAGCUCAAAGAAACUGCAAAGUUUAGGAUGGAAAUUCAGGCCAUUGGAGGAAACACUAAUUGAUUCUGUUAAGAGCUAUGAGGAGGCUGGAAUACUUCAUUCACAAUAAAUGUGACUGCUUGUUUUGUGAAUGUAUUUCAGUUUCUGUAUUUGUUUGUGCUUCACAAAACAAUGACUGCAUUUAAAUUUACAUUGGUGUUAUUAAAUAUUGAACUACAAGAUUUAUGCUUCAAUCUCUUCAAUACAUAUUUGGAUUUACCAUGAUAUUGACAAAUCAUGGUGAGCAUUAUAGAAAAUCUAUUAUACUUUUUUGUUUUAGUUUUUUAGUAAUCAAAUCAAUUACUU